AUGGAGAAGGUGUUCCCUUCUUCCCUUUUUUUGCCACAGUUGGGCUUCACCAGUGGUAGCGGUGACAGCCCCUCCCNACGAGCGGGAAGCGCAAGCACAAGCAUAGGAGAGCAGUCGGGGCAAGCGUCAGCAAGGGGCGAUAGGAAGUUAGACGCGAACGUGCCAGGUGCCACAACAUCAUCAAGUACACCAAGACAAUUUCAGGUUAUAUUCUCGGGAGUUGGAGGGGAAUUCAAUGGGCAUAUUGGGUCGUUUGUAGGUGGCUACAGUGAGGUGCAUGGCGGCUUCGACUUUGGGGAUCGAAAUGGAGGAGGUACCUCGCUACUGGAUUUCGCUAAGGCAAUUGAGCUUGUGAUUGCUAACUUGAGUUUUCCGAAAAGGGAUGAGCAUUUAGUUACUUUCCAAAGCACGAUGGUGAGGAAGCAAAUUGACUAUCUCCUCCUUAGAAUAUGUGACAGAGGGUUGUGCAAGGAUUACAAGGUUAUCCCCAGUGAGACCCUCGCGACGCAGUAUAGGCUAUUGGUGAUGGACGUCGGUAUUAUGAUAAGGAGGAAGAAAAGGUCUUUACGAGGACGCCCGAGGAUCAUGUGGGGUGCCUUGACUAAGGAUAAAGCUCAAGAGUUGGAAGCGAGGUUAGCGGCUAUGGGAGCUUGGAGGAGUAGUGGAGACACGAGCAUUAUGUGGUGGACGGCAGAUUGUAUAAGGAAGGCAGCAGAGAGGUGUUAG